AUCACCGUGAUGGACAAACUGCGCCUGGAGAUCCGCGCCAUGGACGAGAUCCAGCCGGACCUGCGGGAGCUGCUGGAGACGAUGACCCGGAUGAGCUCCCUGCCCCCCGACUUCGAGGGGCGCCUCAAAGUCAACCAAUGGCUGCAGACGCUGAGCGCGAUGUCGGCCGCGGACGAGCUGGACGACGCCCAGGUCCGGCAGAUGCUCUUCGACCUCGAGUCCGCCUACAACGCCUUCAACCGCUUCCUGCACGCCUGAGACCGGCCCAGACCGGCCCGAACCGGCCCGAACCGGCCCAAACCGGCCCAAACCGGUCCGGACCGGUCCAACCAGGAGUUUGGGAUAAUAAACGGGAGGAGGAAAAUCCCAAAAAUCCCCAAAAUCCGGGAGGAAUUCCGCUCUUUUCUCCUCAUUUGUGCAUCAAACUGGGAGCCAGUCCCAGUAAAAACCAGUCCAGACCAGUCCAAACCGGUCUGAACCGGUCCAACCAGGAGUUUGGGAUAAUAAACGGGAGGAGCCAAAUCCCAAAAAUCCCCAAAA